AUGUUACACUCUUGGAGAAGCAACAAAUACACAAACAAAAGCAACAAUUCCGACAACCACUACAGCAACAACAACCAUGAAGCCAACAACAACAAAAACCAUGAAGCAAACAACAACAACGACCACAACAACAACAACUUUGAAGCCAACAGCAACAACGACCACAACAACAACUAUGAAACCUACAACAACAACAACUACAGCAACAACAACCAUGAAACCAACAACAACUACUUCCACAACAAUUACAACCAUGAAACCAACAAGAACAGCUACCAUAGCAACAACAACCAUGAAACCAACAACAACAACUACCACAGCAAGAACAACCAUGAAACCAACAACAACAACUACCACAGCAACAAUAACCAUGAAACCAAAAACAACUACUUCCACAACAAUAACAACCAUGAAACCAACAACAACUACUACCACAGCAACAACAUCCAUGAAGCCAACAACAACUACUUCCACAACAAUAACAACCAUGAAACCAACAACAACUACUACCACAGCAACAACAUCCAUGAAGCCAACAACAACAACUACCACAGCAACAAUAACCAUGAAACCAACAAGAACAGCUACCACAGCAACAAUAACCAUGAAACCAAAAACAACUACUUCCACAACAAUAACAACCAUGAAACGAACAACAACUACUACCACAGCAACAACAUCCAUGAAGCCAACAACAACUACUUCCACAACAAUAACAACCAUGAAACCAAAAACAACUACUUCCACAAUAACAACAACCUUGAAACCAACAACAACAACUACCACAGCAACAACAACCAUGAAACCAACAAGAACAGCUACCAUAGCAACAACAACCAUGAAACCAACAACAACAACUACCACAGCAAGAACAACCAUGAACCAACAACAACUACCACAGCAACAAUAACCAAGAAACCAACAACAACAACUACCAUAGCAACAACAACCAUGAAACCAACAACAACAACUACCACAGCAAGAACAACCAUGAAACCAACAACAACAACUACCACAACAAUAACCAUGAAACCAACAACAACUACUUCCACAACAAUAACAACCAUGAAACCAACAACAACUACUACCACAGCAACAACAACCAUGAAACCAACAACAACAACUACCACAGCAAGAACAACCAUGAAACCAACAACAACAACUACCACAGCAAGAACAACCAUGAAACCAACAACAACAACUACCACAACAAUAACCAUGAAACCAACAACUACUUCCCCAACAACAACAACCAUGAAACCAACAACAACAACUACCACAGCAAGAAUAACCAUGAAACCAACGACAACAACUACCACAACAAUAACCAUGAAACCAACAACAACUACUUCCCCAACAACAACAACCAUGAAACCAACAACAACAACUACCACAGCAAGAACAACCAUGAAACCAACAACAACUACUACCACAGCAACAACAUCCAUGAAACCAACAACAACUACUUCCACAACAACAACAACCAUGAAACCAAUAACAACUACCACAGCAAGAACAACCAUGAAACCAACAACAACAACUACCACAGCAACAAUAACCAUGAAACCAACAACAACUACCACAACAAUGACAGCCAUGAAACCACCAACAACAACAACCACAGCAAGAACAACCAUGAAACCAACAACAGCUACUACCACAGCAACAACAACCAUGAAACCAACAAGAACAGCUACCAUAGCAACAAAAACCAUGAAACCAACAACAACAACUACCACAGCAACAAUAACCAUGAAACCAACAACAACCACUUCCCCAACAACAACAACCAUGAAACCAACAACAACAACUACCACAGCAAGAAUAACCAUGAAACCAACGACAACUACAACCACAGCAACAACAUCCAUGAAACCAACAACAACAACUACCACAGCAACAAUAACCAUGAAACCAACAACAACUACCACAACACAGAAAACAACACCUACAACAACCAUUACCACUUCGCCAACAUUAACAACCACUUCACCAACAAGAAUUAGACAAACAACAACCAUAUUUUCAACAACUUCAUCAAAAUCAACCAUAUCAACAACCUCCAAUAGGAUAACAAGAAAUACCUCGCCAACAACAAUUAAUAACCCAUUAAUGCUUCCUUCACAACACAAAACACUAACAUCAAGUUCAACCACGACAUCAUCAAUUAGCAAACAAGCUAACCGACCUUGGAGCUAUGGCAAUAUCAAUAUAAUUAUGUUUUUCCUCUCUUUGAAUUAA